UAUCAGUACACAAGAUUCAUUUAUUGCCCCAAAACUGAAUCUUUCUUACAGUACAAACUCGAUCUUGGAAAGUCUAAUAGCGAACUUGGUCAACUUGAUGCAGGUUUAACAACGGAAGAAGCCAAGAAAAGGGAGGAAAUGCUCGGUCCAAAUUUUAUCGGUGUUCAUGUUCCAAGUAUACCAAUGGCUGUUAUUCGUGAAUUUGCGUCAUUUUUUUAUGUGUACCAACUCACUUCUCUUUGGCUAUUCUAUUACACCAACUAUUGGAAAGUGGCUGUUGCGCAGACAUGCAUUAUUUUGGUGGCAGCUUUUGUCAAGGUUUUGUUUACGACAAAGUCUGAAAGACGAAUCAAGUCAAUGGCUGAAUUUAGCGAUGAGGUUACAAUCUUACGUAAUGGAUCGUGGGUGUCAAUGACGACUGUGGACUUGGUUGCUGGUGAUGUUUUUGAACUAAAGGAAGGCAAGACCGUACCAUGCGACUGUGUUAUUUUGAGUGGCAAUAUUAUGGUUGACGAAAGCUCUUUGACUGGAGAACCUCUCCCUAUCCGCAAAUUUCCCAUUGAUAAGCAUGACACUACUGUAUAUGAUCGUGUGGGUUCCGGAAAGAUAGCUACGCUGUUUGCUGGUACAACUCUUUCGCAGGUCCAGAGCUCCCACACCAAACAUAUUCCGUCGGCACUCGUAACCCAAACAGGAACAGCAACAGACAAGGGAGAACUCAUAAAGAAGAUCUUGUUCCCGACUAAAAUGUUAUUUAUUUUUGAUGAGCACAUCAAAGUUGUAUUUUUUAUUCUUGUGUGCUGCUGUGUUUUAUCUCUCGUCCUUGCCCUUGUGUUCUUUACGACCGGUAUAGAAGCUUGGUUUUAUAGCUUUGGCACUAUAUCUCAGCUCAUUUCACCUCUGCUUCCAGUCUCAUUGGUCGUUGGCCAAUCAGUUGCUACAGACCGUCUCCGUAAAAAGAAAAUCUAUUGUGUGGAUCUUCCUCGCGUAUUAAUGGCCGGAAAAGUACAGUUGUUCUGCUUUGACAAGACCGGUACAUUAACCAAAGAAGGGCUUACAUUCUAUGGUAUCAAGUCCGUUGAAGUCAACAUGGAAACAGAAAAACCAUCUUUUGGUGAACAUUAUCAAGAAACCAAAGACAUGUCUAUGCAUACACAGUUGGGACUUGCUACUUGUAAUUCAGUCACAAUGCUGAAUGACCGGUUGGUUGGAAAUCCGGUUGAUAUCGAAAUGUUUAGAUUUUCUCAGUGGACAAUGUCUCCCAAAAGCGGCUCUGGUAAUAUCUAUCUCGAAACUCUGGUUCCACCAAUGGAUGUCCCUGGGUCAGUCAGUACCUCUGUACAUGUUAUCAAGAGAUUCGAAUUUGUUCAUGCCCGAAUGUUCAUGUCCGUGGCCAUAUUAGAUCCUCAGGCAAACAAAGUCCAUGUUUUUACAAAAGGUGCAUACGAAAAAAUCAAAGAAUUAUGUGAUUCAGAAUCUAUCCCAGCCGAUUACGACCUCGUCACUUCUGACUUUGCACACUAUGGAUGCUAUGUUCUCGCUCUUGCUCAUCGAGAAAUUGAUUUGGAUGCUAUUGGAGGGUUGAAUGAAUUUCUUCAGUGGGACAGGAGUCAGAUAGAGGAAUCAAUUAAGUUGAUAUCUCUCGUCUUGUUCAAGAACCAGCUCAAGGAAGACACUUCUGAGAAUAUAAGAGAGCUCAAGCACGGUGGUAUGCGUACAGUUAUGAUUACAGGCGAUACGGCCCUCACGGGGGUUUACAUUGCGCGUCAGUGUGGGAUGAGUAAUCCUGGAACACGAGUUAUCUUGGGUGACAUGAGUUUGAGCACUGGAAGAGUAGUUUGGACCGAUGUUGAUGAACCCGAGAAAUUCGGCAAUGUCAACGUAGACAGUGCUUUACUUAACAAAGAACACACACCAGUUGAUCUUGCGGUAACCGGAAGAGCAUUUAACUGGCUUGAUGAGCAAGGCACUCUACGCAAUUAUUUAUUGGAUAUUCGUGUAUUUGCGCGCAUGGUUCCAAAUGACAAGGUUAGGUGUGUUCAAAUGCACAUGGAACAUGGUAUAACGGCAAUGGCUGGAGAUGGUGGAAACGACUGCGGCGCACUGAGGGCAGCUCACGUUGGUAUUGCAAUGUCCGAUGCAGAGGCUUCUAUUGUUUCGCCAUUUAGCACAAGUGAUCGAAGUGUGAGAUCGUGUGUCGAGCUAAUACGCCAAGGAAGAUCCGCUUUAGCAACUUCAAUUUCAGGCUAUAAAUUCCUAAUUAUAUAUGGGCAGAUUAUAAUGACAAUCAACAUAAUUAGCUACUAUUUCUCGGUUGCCUUGUCACAGUAUGUUUGGAUGGGUAUAGAUCUAGUGAUUGUUAUACCUAUGACAUGGACACUCUCUCAAUCCAAGGCAGCUACUAAUUUAUCAGACCAAAGGCCGACAGCAAAGCUUUUUGGAUACCAGACUCUUGCCUCUUGUAUUGGACUGAUAGCUCUCAACUGGCUAUUUCUCAUUGCUGCCUUAAUUAUGCUGUACAAACAAGAUUGGUUCCGCUGUCAUGAAUUUGAUAGUGCAGCGGUUGAUUUGUUGAAGUGGUGGUUAUUGUCAGAUAAUUAUGAAGCAGAAAUCACAAGUUUCGUUACAAUGUUCCAGUUUGUCAACAAUGGAGCCGUGCUCAAUUUCGGAUACAAAUAUCGCCAGAGCUUGUGGAGAAAUUAUUUGCUUGUU